AUGAGAAUACUGUGUCUUCAUGGCUACGGGACAAGCCCCAAUGUCAUGAAAUACCAGAUGUCAGCCUUGAUGAAACUAUGCGAUUCUAGCUGGAAUUUCUACUAUCUGGCAGGGAACUUAAACUGCCCAGUAACUCCAGGUUUCGCACCCGCCAUUCCUGGCCCCUACCUCUGCUACUCAGCAGAAUUUGAUCCUGUCAGCAUGAGGGCCGCUCAUGCUUUGGUCAAAGAGACCUUGGCCAGCCAAGGACCCUUCGACGGAGUGUUUGGCUUUAGCCAAGGGGCCGCGGUACUACUUGCUUACCUGCUCGAGCAGAGGGCCAUAUAUCCAGGAAAGCGUCUUCCCGUUCGAUUUGGGAUUUUCUGCUCGCCGGUAACAUUAAUUGCGACAGACCCAGCUUACUACGGAUCCGUGCUUGGCCCGCUCUCUCUGGAGGAUGAGAACCGUCUUCGAUCCGCUCGAGAUGACCAGCUUGAACAACUCACAGGAUCGGCCCGAGUUGCGAUCAAAGCGCUAGUCGGGGUCCUUGAUGCAGUGGAGCCAGUCACCCGUCGACCACGUACAAGCUUUCUAAAUCGCCCGCCUUUAGAAGUCCCGUGCGUGCUAGACCCAGCUCUUUUCAAGGCACGUCUACCUAUUCCAACCCUUCAUGUUCGCGGGAGAAAUGAUCCGCCGGCGUUAAGAGAUUGCUCAUUGUCGGGCGAGUCUUUUUGUCUCCCAAAGUGGCGACGAACUUUCGAGCAUAGUGCCAUACAUGAUUUUCCACGUUCUAUGGCAGAGAUGAAGGAGAUGGUGUCUGCCAUGAGAUCGGUGAUUGAAAGUAGUCAACAAUCGAAGUUAUAA